AUGCUCAUCCCCAAGGCCGACCGCAAGAAGAUCCACGAGUACCUCUUCCGAGAGGGAGUUCUCGUUGCUAAGAAGGACUUCAACCUUCCCAAGCACGGCGAGAUUGAUACUAAGAACCUUUACGUUGUCAAGGCUUGCCAGUCUUUGACCUCGCGCGGUUACCUCAAGACCCGCUUCUCGUGGCAAUGGUACUACUACACCCUCACCCCUGAGGGUCUCGACUACCUCCGCGAAUGGCUCCACCUCCCUGCCGAGAUCGUUCCCCAGACCCACAUCAAGCAGCAGCGCUCUGCUCCUCCCCGGGGUAUGCUCGGCGGUGACGACCGUGAGCGCCGUGGUGGAGGCCGUGGUGGACGUGGUGGUGACCGUGGUGGUGACCGCGACGGCUACCGCCGCCGUGACGCUGGCGAGAAGGCUGAGGGCGGUGCCCCUGGCGAGUUCAAGCCCGAGUUCCGUGGUGGCUUUGGACGUGGACGUGGUGCUGCUCCUGCUUCGUAA